AUGGGUGAAUCCCUCGCGUCUGCUAGUGCUUCUGCUCCCGCAGAAUCGCACUUCCAGUUCUCCACGGUCUCAGGGUACUUUCUCCAGGAUGAUCCCACUACGGACCCGGAGCAGUUCGACUACUCCGCCACCAACUUCGGCCUCAUCCCCCGGGCCUACGACGCAGACUCCGACUUCGACCCAGAGCAGAAGCGCACGCAAUGGGAGCGCUUCGCUAACGAAGUCCACCGGCUGAACCACGACAGCGCGUCCAAUGUGUUCCACAAGGUCCUCUUUCUGGGCCGACACGGUGAAGGCCUGCAUAAUGUUGCUGAGGCGCGGUAUGGGACUGAAUUGUGGGAUUGCUACUGGUCCAUCCAAGACGGCGACGAAACAGGCUCAUGGGUCGACGCCCGUCUGACUGAUCUGGGCAUCGCGCAGGCUGAACUCGCCCACCGCACGUGGGAAAAGCAGAUUGAGACUGGCAUUCCGGCUCCGCAGUCUUACUACGUCAGUCCGCUGAAUAGGUGUCUCGCGACGGCGAGUAUCACUUUUAGUGGGUUGAAGAUGCCGCUUACGGAUCCAUUCCAGCCGCUCGUUAAAGAGAACCUCCGCGAAACCCUCGGCCUGCACACCUGCGACAGCCGCUCCAGCAAAACAGCCAUCACAACCGAAUACCCAGAAUACAGGAUCGAACCCGGCUUCGCAGAGACAGACCCGCUGUACGACCCCCAUCUCCGCGAAAGCAACUCCGCCCGCGACGCCCGUCUGCUCGGCUUCCUGCAGGAUGUGUUCGCGCACGACGACAACACUUUCCUGUCGAUGACGGCGCACUCGGGCGCCAUCACUAGUAUCUUGGAGGUCACGGGGCACAGGGUGUUUGCGCUGUCUACUGGGGGGGUGAUUCCUGUUUUGGUGAGGGCGGAGCGUGUGAAUGGGCCUUUGCCGCCGAGGGAGGUGGAGCCGCCUUUUCCGGCGCCGGUUUGUAAAUAG